CUGAAAUCCGGACAUGCUCGCUCGCUCAGCCCUCCUCCGCGCCCCCGUCCUGUCCAUCGCCCGCCCCCCCGCCGCCCCAGCCCGGACACUGCCCAUCGCACACCUCAGAGCCAUGUCCACCAGCCCCGACGCCCCGAUCGUGCCUACCGAUCCAUCUACCGUGGCCAGCCCCCUCGGCGACGGCAAGUUCAUCCAGACAGCUGGGUGCCUCAUCAUCGGAGACGAGGUCCUCAACGGAAAGACCAAAGACAGCAACAGCAACUUCUUUGCCCAGUACUGUUUUGAUCUGGGUAUAGACCUGAAGAGGAUCGAGGUGAUUGCGGACGAUGAAGAUGAGAUCGUCGAAGCUGCGCGUCGAAUGACUGAAAAGUACGACUUUGUGGUCACCUCUGGAGGCAUCGGCCCCACCCAUGAUGACAUCACAUACGCCUCCCUUGCCAAAGCUUUCAACCUUCCCCUUGUCCAUCAUCCCGAGACACUCCGCCGCAUGUGGGCCCUCACAACUCCAGAACGCCGUAAAGAGCUCGAAGCGGCAUCCCAGGCGCAGCGGGAAGCCCGGGAACGAAUGGCGCUGUUUCCUACGUGGAAGAAGGAGGGAGAUGCGAAGAGCGAGGCUAUCUUUGUCGAGGCAGACAAGUGGGUGCCGGUGGUCAGGCUGGGGGGCAAGCUCUGUGUCUUCCCUGGAAUCCCUUCUUUGUUCCAACAACUGCUGUUGGCAUUGACUCCUUACCUGCCGCUGCCCCCAGCAUCCUCCAAACCGUUUAGGCAUCUCAUAUACACCAGCAAGCCCGAAUCAGCAAUUGCCCCCUAUCUCACAGAGCUCCAAGCGCGAGUCAAGAAGGAGGGUAUCAGGAUCGGAUCAUACCCCUACCUUUACCAAGGUGUUCACGUCAGUCUGAUUGGGCAUGAUGUUGACCGGAUCAGGUCGCUUGGGGAGGAGGUGAGGAUCUCGCAGAGCUAAUUAGAUGUGAGCUGAUAUCAUCUUCUAGGUGAUCAAGGAGCUGGAUGGAAAGGUAGUAUCAGAGGGCAAGUUGGGGGUUGAAUCGGGGUCAAAGUUGUAAAUGAGACCGCAGUAUAUAUGAGCCGAGUCGCGACCCCAAAGCAGAUAGGAGCUGGUAGGGAUAGUCGGAGCAUAGACUGCUUCAUGUAUGCGCUGCACUUGGCAAAGACCCAAGAACGAAUGCCAAACGAAUGCACACGUCGGUUGAGCCUGCUGCGUGUCCGCAAUGUCCGGAUCGCGACAUUGUCCGGACCUGGUUCUCCAUUUCGUGCAUCUCGUCCGUUCGUCCUUACAGCUCUUUACAAGUCCUCGAUAUCGC